UAAUUUGUUGCGUGCCACAUAAUAUAUUAGUGAACUGUGUUUGUGCGCGGGUUUGAUUUCGGUGCUCAUGUGAACGCUUUCGUGCCGUAGCGUGUAUGUGUGAUGCCACAUCUGCUCGGAACCACGCUGUUAGUCUUGGGUUGGUGGGUGGGUUGUCGAGAGCCAGGUUCCUGCGUUGCGGAGAUCGACGCGUCGUCCGCGGAACCCGAAUUGAUUGAUUCGACGUAGUGGGAGUGUUUGUGAAGAGGUUGAAAGUGUGGGUUUUUAUUCGGAGGGAGGGGAAAUUGUGAGUUGAAGCUGGAAGGAGGGAUUAAAGGAUGGGUGAGUCUGUGGAUUUGUUUGAGGAUUUGAGGGAAAGGAAUAACGAGAAGGGUCACGGGAGCUCCGUCGAGCCCGUAGAACCAGCAGAGCCCGCAGUUCCUUCGGCUCCCCCUGCUCACGAUCAUGUGGACUUAGAAGCGCCUCUGUUGGGUGACCCGAGUCAGCGUUAUGGCAGCAAUCAGGCGAUUGAAGGGCAGAUUCCGCCGCUGCCGCCUCCCGUGCUGGAGCCUUUGCCCCCGGAAGGAGACCCCUUGCUGUAUGUGUGCCGAAUUCUGAGCAUCGUUACUGCCGUCGGUGCCUUGUUGUGUUUGCUCGUUAAUGCUAUCUCUCUUUUCCGGUCGUUCGAUUACCGCGGCUUCGACUACCGCGUCAGUGUUUUUGUUGGCAUCCUACGUUGCUACACGAUAGCCAUCGCCAUUUUAGUUAUACUGGCCGAGACCGAGUGGGAGGCCCUCUUCAAUUUCUGGAAGAUGUUGGAGUUUUGGAUAGGUCGCGGGCUUCUCCAGAUCCUUGUCGCAGCUCUGACGAGAGUGUUGAAAAGAUCAAGUGGAGAGACCGGUGCCGAGAGCUUGCUUCACGAAUUAGCUAGCUGGUGGCUGUUCGGCUGUGGGAUUGUUUACACUGUAGCUGGAUUUCUGUGUUUGGGCAGCAUCAAGCGGAACCAUCUUAAGAGACAGAAUUGGCGUAAAAAAGCUCAGAAAGAUCUCGAGGAACUACACAGACGAAGAGCUGAUCUAGAGGGCCAGCUAUCGAAACAAUAGUACAUUCCUCCCCAAAAUCACCAGGGUGCCAUUAUUUUUCCAUUUUAUGACAAUCAACCUGAAACUUGUCUUAGGGACCCAUUUGACACCCCUCCAUUACUUCUCUUGUACGAAGAAAUACAUUCGACCUUAGGAAAAGUGUACGGGUCAUCGAAGGGACAUGGUUGUAAAUAGAGGCUACAAAGCUCAACCGAAACAUGUACUCAAGGAAUUGAAGCAGUUAGUAGGUAUGAAGUGCUGACCUCCUGUUCCAUGGCUUGUGUGAUCAAGAUCAACAAUCAGCAAAUUCUGAGCUUUUUGUGACAUAGAAGUAGCUGUGCACACGCACCCGAAGGUUCAACAUAGGUGAGUUGAGCUCAUAGUUUUUAAAAUUCUCUUUUGUAUGUAAGCUAUUACUCCGUCGUUUCGACGCUCUUCAUUCGCACUCUUGUAAGAGUUUUUGGAAUUUUACAUCAAAUCAAAAUUGCACUCA